AUGAGUAAUCGCUUACUGAUUCGACCAAGUGUUCAAAAAAAGCACUCAAAAGUCAACUCCGGCUUCCUCCCAGCUGAUUUGGCUGCCGCAUACGCUUCCUACCAUGAGAAUAUGGCGGAGCAGAAGAAGCUGGAACUCAAGCUUUGGGGCAUCGAUAUGGAGACCAAGCAAAUGAAGCGUGACAUUCGACAGCGCAAAGAGGUUCUCGAAAGAGAACUAAAAGAAAGGGAAGAUGAUUUUUGGGGCUGCCAUCGAGUGUUCUCUGCUGCUACGUUGAUUACUGAAUCUGACUCUUUUAGAAAAUGCUUCUACACUGGACCUCAACCAACUAAGGCCAAGCUACCACGCGGAAAGCUCGAUAGGCUGAGUCAUUUAGUGCGAAAGCUUCAAGCUGAAGACGACUUGGAAACUCUGUUAAGAUUUCAGCGCUGUGCACGAUACGCUACAAGGAGAGAGGACCGUCCAAAAUCGGCUUUGAGUCUGACUUUUGAUGAGGAAAGCGACAUAACUGAAGCGGAUUCUACGUCGCAAUGUCUUACAGAGGUCAUAAAUGCACCACGCAUGGGCAGUAUUGGAAGCAUUAGUGGUGACACUUCAGGUCGAGUGAAAAGAAUCCGGUCGGCGCCAUUAAGGAUCGCGUCUGAGAAGGAGGAGUUGAGACCUCGGAACCGCAGCCGGGGACGCAGUGUUUUUCCUCAGCAUCCCUUGAAAAAAGCCCAUGGUGAAACUUUCUGUUAUUCUAAAGAAGGUAGCCCUGAGAUUGUUUUGCACUCUUAUGAUCGACAAAGAUCUCCCAUAAAAAUGGCCUGGACUGAAGAUGCACCCAGAGCAGAGAAUAAAGUUAUUGGGAGUAAUGAAAUUCAAGCGAACAGUGGCGUGGAUUCAUCAAACAAAGAUUCUUUGGACCUCACUGAAGAGAAAACGCAAUGGCGCAGAGAAAGUAGAGUCAAUCAGUCACCGGAGAUAGAAAGAUUGGCCUCGUUUUCACCUGAGCAACAAUCGCACGAAACCAGCGUGACGGAUCUAUCUAACCUUUCCCGCUCUCAGCAUCUGCUUCCAGAAUCGAGCUCAGAACAUCUGCAAUCAGUCGGAAACACCACAUCUACAGGGCAAGAGAAAACUAUCGACUCAGAACUGCUCUCAGAGGAUGGUCUAAAAGCUAACGGUACGAUGGGGGGAGAAGUAAGGCAAAGUAUAGCUGAGGAUCGGUAUCAGCAAAAAGAUUUGGUUCAUAGAUCUAAGCAUGACGAUGUUCGCGUCUCUUCAAUUAAGGAAAUAGAGCCUUCAGAAUCUGAUUUGCCAAGUGCACUUCAAAACGAGGAAGCUACUAACGUUUCUGAUGAGGAUCAAAGACUUAAUAAGAGAGACACACUCCAGCUGGAAUCAAGUGAGCAGUACACCUUUAGAAUACGAGCUGAGCCACGAUACAGUGAAACAUCAGAAACAGAAAAGUUUGACGCACAUACACGAGGCGAAAAAAUUGCAAGAGACGACUUCCACGUGACCGUUGAGAGAAGAGGGACGCAUAAUAUAAAGAAAGCCAAAGCACAGCACAGACAAGGUGGUACUACGUUACCAAAAAGCAGCUUGCAUGGCUUGUCAAGCCGACGAAAAUCAUUGGUUCCAAGGAAUCACCAUAAGAACUCGCAGCAACACACUUCUGGGUUUUCAACAGUAAAGAACACGCGAGGAGGUAAACCAGAAUUGGGGGUUGCACCCGGUACAGAGAGUCCAUCUCAUAAAGUCGCGCACAGCGAAGAAGAAAAAAUGCGCCAAGGGGAAAGACAAUCGAGUGAAACAAAAAAGCGAAAGAUUUCAAUUUUUAAGCGAAAGUGUUUAUCCGAUUUGUUGUUCGUCGAACAGGUGAAACUAGAAAGUCGCCUUCGGAAUCGGGUCCAGGGAUUUUUAUCAGACAAGACAAGUUAG